AUGAACGAACACCUCAGCCAGCUCCUCCUCCUCCUUCUCUCCCUAUCCACAAUCCUACUCCCCACCGCCGCCGUCGACUUCCUCUUUAACGGCUUCGGCCCCUCCGACUUAUCCCGCUACGGCGACACCACGAACCCGUCCCGCGUCAUCUCCCUCACCAAUCGCCUCCCUUUCUCCCUCGGCCGCGCCAUCUACCCUUCCAAGAUCCCCACAAAACGCCCAAAUUCCUCGGCCGUCCUCCCCUUCUCCACCUCCUUCAUCUUCUCCAUGGCGCCCUACCGCGGCGCGCUCCCGGGCCACGGCAUACUGUUCGUCUUCGUCCCGACCCCCGGGAUCCUGGAAUCCGCCUCCGCCCAGCACCUCGGCCUGUUCAACCGGACAAGCAACGGCGACCCCAGGAGCCACGUGUUCGGCGUCGAGUUCGACGUUUUCCAGAACGAGGAGUUCGGCGACAUCAACGGCAACCACGUGGGCGUCGAUGUGAACUCGCUGGAGUCGGUGAGGGCUUAUGAAGCGGGCUUUUGGCCCGAUAAGGGCAGGCAAUUCAAGAAAUUAAAGCUUAAUAACGGCAGAAAUUAUCAAGUCUGGAUCGAUUAUGUGUACGGCGUUGUGAAUGUGACCAUGGCGCCCGCUGGGUUGAAAAGGCCUAAUCGCCCAUUGCUUAGCUUCCCUCUGAAUCUUUCCGAUGUUUUGGAGGACGAGAUGUAUGUGGGUUUUGCUGCAGCUACUGGCGCUUUGACUCAAAGUCACCUCAUCUUGGCCUGGAGUUUUAGCAACACGAAUUUCUCGCUCGGCGAGGGCUUGGUUACUCGGGGCUUGCCGAAUUUCGAGGAUCGAACCACCCCCCCAGUGACUCGAUCCUCGGGUUUUAUAGCUGGUAUGAUAAUGGGUGUUAUGUUUUCUGUCAUAUUUUGUUGUGUUUUUGUUUGCUGGUUGAGAAGAAGGGAUUUCAGAAUGCAAAAGGCAAAAAAUGAGGAAAUUGAGCAAUGGGAAUUGGAAUAUUGGCCUCAUAGGUUCGGUUAUCGAACGAUUGAGUCAGCCACAAACAAUUUUUCGGAUAGAAAUUUGAUCAGUGGUGAUGGUGGGAACGGGAAAGUGUACAAAGGGACAUUUCCGAACGGUUUGGAGUUUGCAGUGAAGCGUUUAUCAUGUGAAACAUUUUUGGCAGAAAUAUCGAGCGUCGGGAGAUUAAAGCACCGGAACAUAGUGAGAUUGAGAGGUUGGUGCAAGAAGGAGAAAGGAGGAGGACUUUUUGUGCUGUAUGACUAUAUGGAAAACGGGAGUCUGGACAAGAGGGUGUUCGAGUGCCAUGAUGGAAAAAUCUUGAGUUUCGAAGAAAGAAUAAGAAUUUUGAAGCAAAUAGCUUCGGGAAUUUCGUAUUUGCAUCAUGAAUGGGAAUCCGAGGUUCUACAUAGGGAUAUAAAGGCUUCUAACGUUUUGCUCGAUAAGCAAAUGAAUGCAAGACUAGGUGAUUUCGGGCUGGCCCUGAUCCAUAAUCAUGAUAAGGUGGGUGAUGAUCCUACCCGCGUGGUGGGUACAAUCGGGUACUUAGCGCCGGAAGUCGUGAGAAGUGGGAAAGUAUCGACUCUAACGGAUGUUUUUAGUUACGGAGUGUUGAUUUUGGAGGUGAUCUGUGGUAGGAGGCCAAUCGAAGAGGGCAAACCAUUGUUGGUGAAUUGGUUGUUGGAACUCUUGAGGAGAGGGGAAUUGAUUAGUGGGGUCGAUCCAAGAUUAAGGGCUAAUAAGGGUGAAAUUGAUGAAGAAAAAGCGGAACAAAUGCUUCAACUAGGGCUACUGUGUGCGCAUCCGGAUUCGAGUGUACGGCCAACAAUGAGACAAGUUGUGAAAUUCUUUGCGGAGGAGGCUGAGAUUGAUGAACCGGACGAAGAUGAUGAGGGUAGGUGCAUUUUAGAGAAGAUGAAAGAUAAGGAGAUUUUGUGCAGUUCAGUGUCGAUCUCUUGGUCUCAUUCUUUUGGAGUGGGAAGGUAA